CACACACCUACCCCAGCUAGCCACUGCCACGCUCGUCGCAUUGCGUUUCCUCGACCGAGCUGAGCUCUUGCACUCCUCCUAAACCGUCGGCAUCACGCAUCGAACUCUGCUAGCAGCCAGAGCAUUGAUCGUCGUAGGGACAGGCGGCGUCAGGGCCCGCGACAUGGUGAAGGGCGGCGCGCAUCAGCUGCAGGACGCGGCGGCCGACGGCAAUGCGGCGGCGGCUGCGAGGCAGCAGGGCGCGGGCUGCGGCGGCGGGAAGCGCCAGUACAAGGGCGUGCGCAUGCGGAGCUGGGGCUCGUGGGUGUCGGAGAUCCGGGCGCCCAACCAGAAGACGCGGAUAUGGCUCGGCUCCUACUCCACCGCCGAGGCCGCCGCUCGCGCCUACGACGCCGCGCUGCUCUGCCUCAAGGGCUCCGCCGCCGACCUCAACUUCCCCGUGCACCUCCCCUUCCACAUCCCCGCCGCAGCCAUGUCGCCCAAGUCCAUCCAGCGCGUCGCCGCCGCCGCGGCCGCCAACGCCGGGUGCAGCCCGCUGCAGGCCGGCGCGCCCUACUACCCCGCCGCCGCGGCCAUCAACGCCGCCACCCCGCCGUGCAGCUACGGCGACGCCUCGUCGGGCGCGAGCUCCCCGGAGACCGGGAACGCCGGCCAGUACUACCGGACGGCGCACGACGACGUGGACGUGACGGGGGACGCGGACCUCGCCGCGCUCGCGGACAUCGAGGCCUUCUUCCAGUCGCCCAAGUGCAUGGAGUACGCCAUGAUGGACCCAUGCAGCUCCUUCUUCGCUCCAGCGCCCAUGGCGACGGACGCGGCCGGUGAAUGGGAGGAGGAAGGUGUGAGAUUUUCAUGCUUUAAGCUACUGCGGUAAGGGAAGGAAAGGAAAGGAACAGGAUCUGUUACUAACUAGAACUCUGAUUUGGAAAAGGAAGAAAUCACGAUCAGGCGUCUCCUGGACAGUGAAAAUUCAGGCCGGCGUUGCUUCUACUGUUCUACU